AUGGCCCACGCAGGCCUCGUCCAGACCAGUCUGAUCUGGGUCACCUAUGCCGUCGCUGUCGUCCUCUGCUUCGCCGCUGCCACCAUCACAACGUUCACCUGGCAGACUCCCCGCGAACGUUCCGCCGUCGUCAGCAUCGUCGCUAUCAUCAGCUUGACUUCCCUUCUUGCUACGGUCUUGCUACUCCCUGUCGACAUUGCACUCGUCUCCGCAACUAGCUCUGCAACCCUUGGCGCAAAGAAGGAUUGGGCCACCCCCGAACGCAUCGACAGCAUCCUUUACACUCUCAAGGUUGUCUACUACAGCUUGUACAGCUUCGAUGCACUCCUGUGCUUGAUCGUUAUUCCCUUUGCCUACUUUUGGCAUGAGGAGUACGAUGAGAUCGAGGUAGAGGAAGAGGGCCGCACUCUGGGUAGUCGCUUCGUGGCUGCCGCCAAAUACACGCUCUUCUUCGUCGCAUUUGUCGUUGUUUUGUUCUUGCUAGGAUUCUUUGUCCCCGCCGCUGGCGAUAGCUCACAGGGUCAUUGGGAUCUUGAUUACUUCAAGAAGCUAGUUGCCCAGAACCAUGGCGAAAAGGCCCUUACCUUUGCUCUAGGUCUGCUGCUUACACUUGGUACAAUGCUCUACGUCGUCUACACCGGUGCUGGUCUUGCUCUCCUUCCCAUCUCUUUCAUCAAGGCCGCACCCUCAAUCUCGGCACCCCAGCUUCAUCAAAACACUGCCACUCAGCUGGAACAGAACCGCGAGCGCCAGCGACAGAUCGAGAUGCGCAACGCCGGUCGACAGGAAGAGAUAUCCCGAAAGGAUCAGCGCGAGCUCGAUGCGCUCGUUAGAGAGGAACAGACCCUUGUCCGACGUGAGAGACUCGCGUCCGAGAGUCAGGGUGAAGGCCGCAGCAAAAUCUAUCAGGCUUGGCUCAAGGUGUGCGCAGUCUUCCGCCCUGUCAAGCUCAUCGGUGGAAUUCUCCUGCUUCUCCUGUCUGUCGUUAUCUGGGUAUCUGUGCUCAUCACCGGCAUCGACAAAGCCAAGAACUCAGUCUGCAAGCAAAAGUGCGGUUACAUCCUGGGCCAGAUCCACGUCUUCCAACCCAUGAACUGGAUCUUUGUGAAGUCCGCCAAAGCUUUUCCCGUUGAUUACAUUCUUAUGGCGUUGUUGGUGCUCUUCUUUUUCAGCAGCUCCAUCUCGGGUAUCGCAACUGUGGGCAUUCGGUUCCUUUGGGUUCGCAUCUUCCAGAUUCGCAAGGGUAGGACAGCACCUCAGGCUCUUCUGAUUGCCACCGUUAUGCUUGGCUUGAUAAUUUUGGCCACCAACUACGGAAUUGCCAUGCUGGUUGCACCUCAGUACUCCAUCUAUGGUACUCAGACCUUCUGCACUAAUGAGCCCGCACACCCCGGAGAGCAGCCCGACUGCAGGAAGCACUUGGACAUGAUCCACGCCUGCUCCGAAGCGCUCAAGUACGAGCACGCCAAGGAUGUUUGCACACCAUCGGUGAUGUCAACGUUCCUCAACCGCAUCACCAUCACAUGGCCUUUCUUCGGCCUGGUCGACUUCUGGGCCCAGUUCGCUUUCCUGGCCGUCUUCCUUGUUGUGUUUGUCACAGCUCUCUUCCGUACACCCAAGCUUAACCUUUCCCAGAUCGACGAGGAAGCUGAGGCAGAUGAGGAAGAGUCUCUGCUUGCGUCCACCGGUAGACGGUUCGGUGCAACAUGGGAAGAUGUGAGAGGAAAGGUCAGCAGCUCAGAAAACGACUCGGCAAACCAUGGCAACGGAUCACAAUCCGCUGUUUGA